AUGAUAGAAAUUUUUAGGGCAGGUGGACAUGCAGGCAUCUUCAUGGCAGACCAUGUUGUUUUAGGUCCAGGUGGGUCCUUCAUUCCUAGCCUGGUUUUAAAGACUAGUUCUGGGACUUCAGUCAGAGAGUAUGCAACCAAGGCAAAAAAAGCGAUGGUGAAGAGCAUGAGGUUCAUGAUGACAAGCUUGGGCACAAAACCAGCUCCUCAAGUUGCUCGUUUUUCUUCUAGAGGACCUGACCCAAUUAGCCCAGGUGUUCUAAAACCAGAUAUUCUCGCUCCUGGGGCAAAUAUCUGGCAGCAGUUGCACCCAAUAAACCUUUCACUUCAAUAG